AUGACUACCACUCCUCAGCCUGAUGUGAUGGAAUUUAUCUUUUGUACCUUCGCUCUCAUUGCUUUCCUUCAUGUCUCUGUGCAGACGAUGCAAGCGGCGCGCUGCCCCACAGACGAACUGUCACUGACCAACUGUGCCGUGGUCAGUGAGAAGGACCUACAGUCUGGACAACAUGUGACAGUGAAGACCACACCUAACCACAAGUAUGUGUUCACUGUCAAAACUCACCACACAGUGGCGCCAGGGAGCAUUGCCUUCAGCUUGCCGCAGAGAAAAUGGGCUGGUCUGUCCAUCGGUCAGGAGGUGGAAGUGUCCAACUACAACUUUGACAAGUCCAAGCAGUGCAUUGGUGCUUUGACCAUUGAGAUCGACUUCCUGCAGAAGAAGAGCACUGACUCUUCUCCAUACGAUUCUGACAAGAUGGCUGCUGAGUUCAUCCAGCAGUUCAACAGCCAGGCCUUCUCCGUCACCCAACAGCUUGUGUUCAGUUUCUGUGAUAAACUGUUUGGUUUGAUGGUAAAGGACAUUGAGGCCAUGGACGCCAGUAUCCUGAAGGGAGAGCCAGCCACAGGAAAAAAGCAGCAGAAGAUUGAUGUGGGACUGAUGGUGGGCAACAGUCAAGUGGUCUUUGAGAAGGCAGAAAACUCAUCUCUAACGCUAGUUGGAAAGGCCAAGACUAAAGAGGCCCGACAGACAAUCAUUAACCCCGACUGGAACUUUGAGAAGAUGGGCAUUGGUGGUCUGGAUAAGGAAUUUUCCGAUAUUUUCCGCAGAGCAUUUGCAUCUCGAGUUUUCCCUCCCGACAUUGUUGAACAAAUGGGCUGUAAGCAUGUGAAGGGUAUCUUGCUUUUUGGUCCUCCUGGUUGUGGUAAAACUCUGAUGGCCAGGCAGAUCGGUAAGAUGCUCAAUGCCAGAGAACCCAAAGUGGUCAAUGGUCCUGAAAUCCUCAACAAGUAUGUGGGAGAGUCUGAGGCCAAUAUCCGCAAACUGUUCGCUGAUGCUGAGGAGGAACAGAAGAGGCUGGGAGCCAACAGCGGUCUUCAUAUCAUUAUCUUUGACGAGUUGGAUGCCAUCUGUAAACAGAGAGGCACUGGGGCAAGCAGUACAGGCGUCCAUGACACUGUGGUCAACCAGCUGCUGUCCAAAAUUGACGGAGUGGAGCAGCUCAACAACAUCCUGGUCAUUGGCAUGACCAACAGACCGGACCUGAUUGAUGACGCUCUGAUGAGGCCUGGCAGGUUUGAAGUCAAAAUGGAAAUUGGUCUGCCUGAUGAGAAGGGCCGUGUUCAGAUCUUGACCAUUCACACAAAUAAGAUGAGAAGCUUUAACCUGCUGGCCCCAGAUGUGGAGGUCAAGGAGCUGGCAGCAGAGACCAAGAAUUACAGUGGUGCUGAACUUGAGGGCCUGGUCCGAGCAGCCCAGUCCACUGCAAUGAACCGUCAUAUCAAGGCUACAUCCACAGUAGAAGUGGACAUGGAGAGGGCAGAGAAGCUGCAGGUUACGAGAGCCGACUUCUUUGGAUCACUCAACAAUGACAUCAAACCUGCCUUUGGAACCAACCAAGAGGACUACUCAAGCUACAUCAUGAACGGCAUCAUCAAAUGGGGCGACCCAGUCACUCACGUGCUGGAUGAUGGGGAGCUCCUGGUGCAGCAGACCAAGAACAGUGACCGCACGCCCCUGGUCGCUGUGCUCUUGGAGGGUCCACCACACAGCGGCAAAACAGCUUUGGCGGCUAAGAUUGCAGAGGACUCCCAGUUCCCCUUCAUUAAGAUCUGCUCUCCAGACAAGAUGAUUGGACACUCUGAGAUUUCCAAGUGCCAGGCAAUCAAAAAGGUCUUUGAUGAUGCCUAUAAGUCACAGCUCAGUUGUGUGGUGGUGGAUGACAUUGAGCGUCUCCUUGACUACGUCCCCAUCGGCCCGCGCUUCUCCAACCUGGUGCUCCAGGCUCUGCUGGUGCUGCUCAAGAAGCCCCCGCCCAAGGGGCGGAAGCUGCUCAUUAUUGGCACCACCAGCAGAAAGGACGUGCUACAGGAGAUGGAGAUGUUAGAUGCCUUCAGCACCACUAUCCACAUCCCCAACAUCUCUACAGGGGAGCAGCUGGUGGAUGCUCUCGAGUUGCUUGGAAGCUUCUCGGACAAGGAGAGAGCCAGCAUUGCUCAUCAGCUCAAAGGAAAGAGGGUCUGGAUUGGAAUCAAGAAACUUCUCGUCUUCAUUGAGAUGUCCCUACAGAUGGAACCUGAUUACAGAGUUACCAAGUUCCUGUCUUUGCUGCGAGACGAGGGAGCUGAUAGAAGCUUCUAUGAGUAAAACAUAUCACUGUCACCACAAGUCCAAGAAAAUGCCAUGAAGAAGGAGGAGAUGAAGGAGGAGUGGAGCCGUUCUUCCUACCCCCAGUGCUCCACACUGAGGACUACUUAGCAUGUUUUAGUACUCUA